CACCCGGGAGAGGCAGAGUGGGCACCUUGUUUCAGAUCGAGUGAAUGCGGCCGCCUCCCUCUUCUCCGCGUACAAGGACGACUUUGUGGGCAGCGAAAUCAACGCAGCAGCAGUGCGCAAGUCUGCGCCGCGGCUUCGCUCCCAGCAAGGUCGCAGCGCGUGCCCGCGCAAGGAGGAGGAAGCUGCAGUGCGCGGCUUUGGCUCGCGUGCCGUGUGUUUAGCUUUGAGUUGCGCAGCAUUCUUCCGCCCCCAUAUUCCAUGAUUCGGUGCGCCCUGGUCCAUGGAGACGCAUCGCAUCUCGGAGACCUCACCAGCAAAUUAGCCGCGUAGCGGCGGCUUAGAGGUUGCCGAAGACAGCGGAUCGACGGACGUGAGUUCUCUCCUCUCUGUCUGUUUUCUUGCUAUAUCUAACAUCUUUCCUUAGCCUGAAUAUGUAUUAUUGUUGUGCACUGAUGUUAUUGAUAGCACAUCUGAAUGGCUCUGCUCAUGUGAACAAUUGUCUUAACAGCUAUUAAUAGUGACCAGUUGGACAUCGACCUUUAUUAUUUGAGCUUUGUUUCUCCUAUCCGUAAUCUGAAUUUUGGUAACUUCCGUUACUGAAUUCUGUUAGGUUCAGAUUGUAGCCUGAAAGGUGUUCACAACUUCAGACAGCUGCAAAUUUGAUCUUGAACCAUUAGGAAACAGAGACCCCUCCUCCCGACCCCGUGCGGCGGCCGCCGGGCCGCACCGGGCGGCCACAUCCCAACCUCCCCUCAACUCCCCGUGCAUCCCCCUCCCUUCGCCGCCGCCGGCAACGUCGCUGGGCGAAGGCCCCGUGGCACGGCGGCGGCAGACCUCCUCUGGCGUCCCGAGAUCUGAGGCGGCGGCGGCCUGAUUUGGAUCUCCCUCCCGACGAGGAUGGCGGGCAGCGGCGGCCGGGGCGCGGCGGGGGGUUUGGCUGCAGCCGGCGGGAGUAGUACGAGAUGGCGGCAGCGGCGGCCGGGGCGUGUCCCGGGCUCAAUCUAGGACCUUCGGGUCUAGGCGGGCGGCUGCCGUUACGUCCUCAAACUGCUGCAUCUCAUCGGAUUCGGCGACGGCUCGCUGAAGCACUCCGGGUCUGCAUCGCAUCACGAGGACUAUGGUGGUGGUGGUCAUCUCCUACGUCGGAGGUGGUCGACUUGAGACUGGAUGAUCGGAUCUCGAGAUCUGUAAUCUAGUCCCGGCUGCGAGUCGGGAGACAUAGUUGCCGGUGAAAACCGAGCCGAUGGUGGACGAUAGCGGCGUUCUGCGCCGUUACCUUGAUGAAGGCAUCGUUUUGUAACUACUGUCGACCCACUCGUGCUGCUUCGGGGGAAACCCCAGGAUCUGGUUUUCCAAAUCGGACGAUGGCGGCACUGCGGUGUCGUUUCUCUCUUGGGAGCAUCGUUUGUGGAGCAGCGCUGGAAGUCAGAGGCAGGAGGUUGAGCGGUUUCGUCUUGCAUGGAGCUUCGGCGGAGAUGUCAAGUCAUGCCUGACCGACAGGUGCUACGCUUUGUCAUGCCUGGUCGGCAGGUGCUACGCACGACAGAUCUUCCAAGGACUUCAAGCUGUGUCGGCUGGUGGUACUUGGCAGCAUGGCGCUGAGGUGUAUCCAGGGGCGAAUCUAGCAAUAUGGCGAGGUUUGGCGGCUGCCAUACCUAAAAUUUGGCUAAAUACCGCGUAUGUAUACUAUAUAUCUGGAGUUUGAGCGUUGGUCGAUGGAGUUCUAUCCGUUUCAUCAGUUUGGAGGAGCAGGAGACACACAGGGGCCUCAAACUUAAUUGCCAAUGGCCCAGUUAUCCUCCCAGCAGCCCACCUAGCUGUAUGUAGCCCAGCUCGAUCUGUCCAGUUACGCUGCGAUUCACAGCUUGGAAAUCGCAUGCACACAGCCGCAAUUACGGAAUAACGGCACGAUCUACCUCAGUUAGGGUGACUCAGGCACCCGGCGAUGAUGCUUGACGAACACAGCAACGGCGGCGGGUGGCACUGCAGGGAACUCGGUGGCGAGUGAAACACUGCGCUGCAAACCACAAAACGACGAGCUUAUGUGCCAGCGACGGCGAGCCGGAAGCAGCGACAUCAGGAAGCAAGUUCCCAAGAACCACUUGCUGCUAUUAGGCAUGGCAGAAGGCAUUGUUGCCUCACUGAUGGUCAAGCUGGGAGUGGCCUUAGCAACUCAGGCGGCAACAUUUGGUGGAUCAUGCAUCGCUCAUGAAGUGACUGCUUUGAGAAGGCUCUUCAGUGAGAUGGAGGAGAUCAAGGAUGAGUUGGAGUGCAUGCAGACCUUCCUGCAGGUUUCUGAGAGGCUCAGAGACCACGACGAAACAAUGGCAACAUUUGUUAGGAAGGUACGGACGCUUUCCUUUGGCAUCGAGGAUGUUGUUGAUGAGUUCAGCUGCAAGUUCUGCGACGAUCAUGGUGGAGCCGCUUCCAGGGCAAUACGGAAGCUCAGGCGCAUCAGGACAUGGCACCGCCUUGCCUUUCGGCUUGUGCGAAUCAAAGCCAGCCUAAAAAUUGCCGUAGAAAGAGUUAAGAUGUUCAACACAGAAGGAAUUAGCAAGGUACAACAACCUCAAGCACACGAUAAAAAAUUGGGACCAUCAGAAUCUGCUGGCCUUGUAACAGCUGAUUGUCCGGUUGGGAUUGAGCAUAACAGGGACUUGCUGAUUGGAUGGCUAACAGAUGAGAUCCAGCAGAACAUGGUGAUCUCUGUGUGGGGCAUGGGUGGAGUCGGAAAGACUACUCUUGUAACUCAUGUUUACAACAUUAUCAAGCCAAGAUUUGAGAGACAUGCAUUCAUUACAGUUUCACAACACUGUAGGUCCGUCGAUUUGCUAAGACAGAUACUGAAAAAGUUCUGCAAGAAGGAUCACAAUGUAACACUAUCUGAAGGCAUCGAUUCCAUGGAUCGUGAAAGCCUAGUCGAGAUUAUGCAAAGUUAUCUUCAUAGUAGAAGAUAUGUCCUCGUCUUGGAUGAUCUAUGGGAUGCUAAUGUUUGGUUCGAAAUCCGUGAUGCGUUUGCUGGUGGAGAUGGUUCCAGUAAGAUAGUUCUUACUUCAAGGAUCCAUGACGUCGCAUCACUAGCAAAAGACAAGUACAUAAUUGAUCUGAGACCAUUAGAAAGCCAGCAUUCAUGGGAUUUGUUCUGCAAAGAAGCAUUUUGGAAAAUGGAAGAUAAAAGUUGUCCUCGAGAACUGGAAGCAUCGGGUCAGAAAAUUGUAGAGAGUUGUGACGGCUUGCCAAUAGCUAUUGUGUGCAUAGGACGCCUCUUGUCCUUCAGAAGUCAGACUAGUUAUGAAUGGGAGAAAGUGCAGAAAGAUAUUGAGUUGCAGCUAACGAGCAAUUCGAUCCUUGAUAUGAACCUCAUUUUGAAGGUUAGCUUGGAGGAUCUGUCACACAAUUUAAAGAACUGUUUCCUGUUUUGUAGUUUGUUUCCAGAGGUCUACAGGAUCAGAAGGAAGAAGCUGAUCAGAUUCUGGGUAUCAGAGGGAUUCAUUAAAAGAACUGAAACAAGAACAGAGGAAGAGAUUGCCGAGGAUUACCUGAAUGAGCUAGUUAACCGGUGCCUGCUACAAGUUACUAAGAGAAACGAAUUUGGACGAGUUCGUGAAUGUCGAAUGCAUGACGUGGUCCGUGUUCUUGCUCUAUCAAAAUCGAAAGAGGAGAUGUUUUCUGCUGUUUAUGACUGCUCAAAAACAACCUCUUUACUAGGCAAAGCACGAAGGAUGUCAAUUCAGAGUGCUGAUUCUACGCUUUCAAGUCAUGAGAUGACACAUGUGCGAUCGUUACUUGUAUUUGACAAAUGUGUCCCUAUAGAUGCUCUAAGUGCUUCACUCACAUCACUCAAGUUGUUGUCAGUUUUGGACCUACAUGGCAUUCCAAUAAAAAGUAUACCUGUUCAAGUGUUCAGCCUGUUUAAUCUGCGAUUUUUGGGUUUGCGAGGAACUGAAAUUGAUGUGCUUCCUAAAGAAAUAAAAAAAUUACAGAACUUAGAAGUACUGGAUGCUUACAACACAAAAAUUACAUCACUGCCAGAAGAAAUGACAAGGCUCCGGAAGUUGAGGCAUCUCUUUGCAUCUGGAAUCCGAGAUGAUACUGACAGCAAUGUCGUGGUAUCCACUGGUGUAGCUGCUCCUCGAGGCAAAUGGCAUUCCACUAGUCUGCAGACCCUUCAAAAUUUUAAAGCAAAUGACGAGAUGUUGCAGAGCAUUGCAUGUUUGUCCGAGUUGAGGACGCUUGGCACUACAGAUAUAAGAUCAGGCCAGUCUGCAAGCUUGUGCAGUGCCAUCUCCAAGCUGUCUAAACUUCAACAUCUUUUGGUGUCCUCGAAAGGUGAUGAAGCGCUUCAGCUUUCGUCUGUUCAGCUGCCCCAAACAAUUCAGAAGCUCGAGGUUGGGGGUCUGCUGGGGCAGGCGACAGCACAUAACCUCUUCACUUCCAUCCGAUGCCUUGAGAACAUCACUCAUCUCCAUCUAUGGUUCUCAAUGAUAAAUCAAGAUCUCUUCCGCUACCUCCAAUCAGAUUGUUUGUUGUCGCUCUGUAUUCUGCAGGCGUUUCAAGGUGAGGAUAUGUCGUUCUCUGCAGGAUCAUUUCCCAAACUUCAGUCGCUUGUGGUACACGGUGCAUCACAACUCAGGCGGAUUGAGUUAGAAGAAGGCUCUAUGGUGAACCUGGUCCGCCUUACGGUAACAGGUUGUCCAACACUGAAGGAGCUGCCUCAAGGUGUUGAGUUCCUCCACAAGCUCGAAACGUUGCAGCUCGAGAUCACGGUUGAUGACUUUCUUGAGAAGAUUCAGUCAGAAGAAGAAUGGGAGGUACACCAGAGCAAGAUUAGUCACAUCAAGAAGGUUUAUGUUGGAUUUUCAGGAAAUGAAUAAAGUACAUUCCACUAAUGGGUUCUUACCUCGUUUUUCUAGGCUGGACAAGAAAUAUGUGCUAAAUAGGGUAGGUAUUGCGUCUGGCCUACCUUUAUCUCAAAAUGGUUGUAACAGAUUGUAUGUUUUUUUUUGGCAAAAAUAGUUGUAACAAAUUGUAUGUUCUGUAUACUUUGAUGACUAUAUUGGAGUAUAUAAAUAUCGCGAUUCAUUCGUCUUUUCUCAUCAUGAAGGUGACUUUCUA